AUGCUCCGCCGCCCCGCGACAACCCUAGCCAUAACGGCAGAGGACAUUGCAUCCUACGAAGACCGCCGCGCCCGCGAGGCCAUAGUCCGAGAACGGCAGGUUCUCGUCCAGGCCCAGCAGGCUCAGCAGCAGGCCCAACAACAAGCCGCCUUGGCCACGCAGCAGCAGCGGAUUCUUCAGCAACAGCAACAGCAACAGCAGCAUCCAUUCUCAUCGCCUGUACCGCAGCAAUCACCGCAGCACCAGCAGCAGAGGUAUACGCAGGCACAGAUCCAUCAGAUGCAGCGCCUUCAACAGCAGCAGCAGCAGCAACGGCAACUGCAACUGCAGGGCCUAGACGACGAAAGCAUGGUCACGGCGGACUUGGAUGUGGACGACGAGAGCUUGGAGUACGACGAGGUCCAGCAGCGGGAGCUGCUCAGGAGGCAGCAGGAGAUGAUGAGGGCGCAGAGGGGCCAGGGCGGCCGCGGCGCGGUACAGACUACGCCCACGCCGGGGGAUGGGGGCCGUGGGGGACGGACGAGGGAAGAGAGGAUUGGUGUUGGGCGUCGUGGGAGGUAG